CCGGGGCCGGGCGGGAUGAAGCGCUGCGGGGGCCCGGCGCUCUGGGGCCACCUGCCCUGCGGGCGCUCGGAGCUGCGGCUGGAGCUGGUGCUGCGCUGUGGCCAGGCCUUCCGCUGGAGGGAGCGCAGCCCUGGGCACUGGACCGGGGUCCUGGCGGGCCGGGUGUGGACGCUCAGGCAGACCGAGGAGCAGCUCUGGUACACGGUUCACGAGGAGGAGGAGGAGGAGGAGGAAGGCAGCCGCACAAAGGCCGCGGGGCAGGAGCUGCAGCCCAGGGGAAGAGACGCAGGGGGGAGCCUGCACCCUGAGGCCCCCGCCAUGGAGGCUUCGGGUGGCGCAGACAGCUUUGAAGCCCAGCAGAUCCUCCAUGAUUACUUCCAGCUGGACAUAGGCCUGGCCGGGCUGUACCAGGCCUGGGGCGCUGUGGACCCGCACUUCCGGAAAGUGGCUGCCAGUUUCCCAGGUGUCCGCGUGCUGCGCCAGGACCCCGUCGAGUGUCUCUUCUCCUUCCUCUGCACCUCCAAUAACCACCUGGUGCGCAUCACGGGCAUGAUUGAGCGCCUCUGCCGGGCCUUUGGGCGCCGCCUCUGCCAGCUGGAUGCGGAGCCAUACCACGCCUUCCCCUCGCUGCAGGCCCUAGCGGGUGCUGACACUGAGCGACGGCUCCGGGCUCUGGGCUUUGGCUACCGGGCAAAGUUUGUGAGCCAGAGUGCCCAGGCCGUGCUGAGGCAGUUUGGGGCCGAGGGGUUGCACCAGCUGCGCAGCAUCCCGUACCCGGAGGCCAGGAGGCUGCUGUGCGCCCUGCCCGGCGUGGGGGCCAAGGUGGCAGACUGUGUGUGCCUGAUGGCACUGGACAAGGUGGAGGCGGUGCCUGUGGACACCCACGUGUGGCAGAUUGCCCGGCGGGACUACGGCCUGGAGCUGGGCUCAGGCGCCCGGAGCGUGACGAUGCGUGUGCACAGUGAGCUCGGAGACUUUUUCCGGCAGCUCUGGGGACCCUACGCAGGUUGGGCACAGGCGGUUCUCUUCUGUGCCGAUUUAAAGAUGUUCCAGCAGAACCCCAGCACAAGUGCAAGGACGAAGGGGGGCCCAGCCCGUUGCAGACCCACCCCUGCCCUGGAAGCAGGGGGGCAGGACUCGGCUUCGCCUGGAGCCACAGGGACUCUGUGCACAGAAGCAGCUCCAGCCCCUUGUGCCCUGACUGGCAAAUGCCAGCGUGGGGCAAAGUGCUGCACUGGCCCCUCCCCACAGGGGGCUGGGCACUGAGCUGCGCUGCACAUGCUGUGCUGCUCCUGGUGCUGGCAGAGGGGGAGAGAACAGAGCAGGGGGGGCCAGUUCCAGCCUCUCAGGGCUGUGCCUGGCUGGGGGCUGCAUGCAGAGCAGCUGGAGGGAGGAGGGGGGCUCAGUGCAAACGCAGCCAUGUCUACAGGGCAGGUGGAGCCCCCACCAGGGCGAAAGGCCAGUGCCGGCCCAGCUUGGCUCAGCUCAGCGCCCCCAGGAGGAAGCCGGGGCCAGGCAGAGGCUCCUGAGGCGCAGCUGCCGGCCUUUGAUGAGCGCAGCGUGGGGGAGAGCCCACGGGAGCCGGGCUUUGGCCGUAACGCCGGUGCCCUGCUGCAGCGCUGGGUGCCGGGGGUGCCCAUAGCUGCUGGGCCUGGCACUGGGAGACGCACACGGCCAGCCUGCAGGGUGGGACCCUGGGGGCGUUUGCCCGGCAGGGUCUGCCCAGGGUUCCCAUGUGCACUCAGCAGGGGGCAUGGAUUCACCCUCCCUCUCGGGUCCCCCACCCAUGUCACAGGCUGGGGGGCCUGAGGCACUGAGCCAGCAGAGCCGUGCCUUGGCCUGGCCACAGCACAAGUGGAGGUGGGGGGACACAUGCCCCCCGGGAGCUCAGGGCAGCCCCCCCAGCCCCCAGUGAGCAAAGCCACCGCAAGCUGCAUUCGCUGCUUUCCUUUAAUACAAGCAUCAACGUCGAAAGA